AUGCCCGCAGUGAUGGACUCAGAUGGUUCAACGAUGAUGCGAUCAGAGCCGGUAUCGUGCGCAACGGACAGCUCACCUACGGAGACGCCUGUUCCGGCGAGUUUACAGAGCAGUAGCGGUCCCAGUGCGUCAGAUAUGCAGUAUUACUACCAAUACUUGUACCCUUUCAAAACCGUGUUCCAAUGGCUCAACCAUUCGCCCAAACCUGGUCGCGAUAUGAGUCAUCGCGAACUCGCAAUGGCGUUCCGGUCCGGUGCGUAUAAGCGAUACAAUUCUUAUGCGACCGCACAAGAGUUUAAGACCCAAAUCCAGCGUGCCAACCCGGACCGGUUUGAAAUCGGUGCCGUCUACAACAAGCCUCCGAAGGACAGAGACUCCAUUUUAAAGACUGAGAUGAAACCGCUUGAAAAAGAGAUCGUCUUUGAUAUUGAUAUGGAUGACUACGACGCGUACCGGACGUGUUGUUCGGGCGCAAACGUGUGUUCCAGAUGCUGGAAAUUUAUCUCUGUGGCCAUGCGUAUCAUCAACGUGGCCCUUGUAGAGGAUUUCGGGUUUGAAGAUUUCAUAUGGGUUUUUUCCGGAAGAAGAGGUGCUCAUUGUUGGGUCAGUGAUGUGCGUGCCCGUGUUUUGAACGAUUUCCAGCGCAGACAGUUACUAGAUUAUAUGAACGUUUUGAGGCAGCGAAACGCAGACAAAAGGUUGAACUUGAAGCGGCCUUACCAUCCGCAUCUGGCUCGAUCUUUAGAGCUUUUGAAGCCCUUUUUCGUUGACGUCAUCUUGAGAGAGCAGGAUCCUUGGCAAAACGACGAGACUGCGGCUCAGUCUCUACUCUCAGGAUUUCACGACAAGCAGUUAAUCGAACUUUUGAAAAAGCACUGGAAAUCUGAUCCUGGUAGGUCAAGCGAGGAUAAAUGGAACGACAUAGAUGUAGUGGCGUCUCAAAUCAAGCAUACGUCGUCUCUUAAAAAACAGGACUUCUUUAUCAGACUACGAGAAUGUAAAGAGGACCUUGUGAUGGCAACGCUGUACCCAAAAUUAGAUGUAGAAGUCACGAAACAGACUAUCCACUUACUGAAGGCGCCUUUUUGCAUACAUCCUGCUACGGGCAAUGUUUGUGUACCGAUUACAGAAGGUUUCAAGCCUUCAGAUGCUCCGAAACUGUUUGUUCUGGAGCAAGAAAUGGAAGCGAACGGCAACAACGUCGAAGCGACCUCUUUAGAGCCCUAUUUGAAGCAGUUCUCUACGUUUGUUAAUGCACUCAUGAAAAAGGAGAUUUUCUCGAAGAAGAGGAACCGUGAGGACGACCAAGAUCUCGAAUUUUAG